AUGGCCCUCUUCGACGGGGGCAUCACUCCCGAUGAUUUGCUCCAGGGCAGCAUCGGUAACUGCUGGCUGGUGGCUGCCCUGGCCUGCCUCGCCGAGUUCCCCGACGCCGUGAGAAAGAUGUUCCACUCGGAGGAGCUCAUUCCCAGCGGCGAGAUGGUACUGCAGCUCUUCGACAAGCGCUGCCAGCCGACGACCAUCUCCGUGGACGAGUUCAUCCCCUGCCACGAGCGCGAAUGGUGGGACGACGAGGGCACUCCGCUCUUUGCCCGGCCACACGGCAAUGAGAGCUGGGUGCUGCUGGUUGAGAAGGCCUUCGCGAAGAUGUUGGGCUCCUACCGGCAGCUGUCUGGAGGCAACUGCUGCAUUGCCUUCCGGGCCUUCACUGGAGAGCGCGACACAUUCGCCUGGGCCCGAUCCGCUGGCGAGUCGGCGCGCGUUGACGGCGAGUGGAAAAGGGUUCAGCUGGCCCUCGGGGAGGACCACUUCGAGUUCCAGCCCGGCUCCGAGGAGCGGCGCGACUCGGACGGCCUGUGGCCAGAACUGCGGGGCUACGAUCGGCGCAGCUUCCUGGUCGCCUGCGCCCUCAGCGCUCGCCACGGCGCCGAACACGUCCGCGUGGACGGGCUAGUGGAGGGGCACGCCUACUCCCUGCUGCGCGUCGUUGAGUUCCAGGGCUUCCGCCUGGUCUUCCUGCGGAACCCUUGGGGCAACGACAAGCGCUGGAACGGGCGCUGGUGCGAUGGCGACGAGGCGUGGGAGCGCAACCCGUCGGUGCGCGCCAGGCUCCGGCCCAACUUCCUCGACGACGGCGCAUUCUGGAUGGCGUGGGGGGACUUCCAGGCGAGCUUCGACUUUAUCUUCGUGAGCGCUUGUCCUAUGCGCCUCGGCGCCGCUGCCGAUGAGCACGCGCGGCACUCCGAGGAGGCCAGCGUGCCCAAGGUGUCGCAGCCAGCCAGGGCCCGGAGGGCCCCGGUCAGGGCCCUGGCGGGAAGGCUGCCGACCGUCGGCGCGGGGACGCGCGUGGAGCUGCUCAGCGGCAGGAUGGUCGAGGUGGUGGAGUGGGACGAGGUGGCGGGGCUGUACACGGUGCGUGGCGUUCCAGUGCCGUACUGGACGUGCGCGGGGUGCGGGGAGGUGAACCGGAGGCGCCGUGAGAAGUGCAACGUAUGCAGUGGCCCCCGCAGCGUCGAGCUCUCGACAGAGGUCACCCGCGUCCCGCCCGAGGAGGUGCUGCUCGCGCCAGGCACCGAGGUGGAGCUGAGGGGACUGCGGCACUUCCCCGAGCUCAACGGCAGGCAAGGCACCGUCGUGGCCUACGACCGCGUGUCUGGGCGCUACCACGUGGACCUGGCAGACGGCGGGGGUGUCCGGGCCCUGCCGCCGCCUCGUCUGCUGGUGCGCCGUGGUCCUGUCCGGGAGGCGGAGCACGGCCGCUGGGCGCCCCUGGCGCCCUGGCCGAGCCCCGUGGACGAGCCGCUGGCGCCAGACGAGGUCCGCUGCGAUCGCCAGGAGGAGCUGGACGCUCUGCUUCGCGGGCUGGACGAGCACCUGCGCCUGCUCGAGGACGUGCGCCUGCCCAGGCAGAGCCCGCUGCUCCGCGGGCAGCAGCUGCUGCCGCAGGGGCCGCUGCUGGGGCGCCCCGUGCCCGAGCUGCGGGGGAGCGCGCCGGGGCUGCAGCUGCCCCUGACGCUGCGCUUCGCCGCCCGGGCGGCGGCCUCUGCCGGGCUCGGGCCGGCGGGCUCGUACCUGCUCGCGAUACUGCGGUUCGAGCGCGCCCUAUCGGAGGCGCUCCGCGACGAGGAGCUCUCUCGCCCCGCCGCGCCAGGAAGGGCCUCGCUCUUCUGGCUCGGGGGUGGGGGCGUCGCGGAGCCGCGGGCGGGUGGGCUCGGGCCGCCCGGCCGCGGCCGAGCAGCAGAGGCCCCUGCGGGUGGGCCAGCCUCGCGCGCCGCGGGCAGGGCUGGCGCUGCCCGCCAGCGCGGGCAGCGGCCGCCAGGGGCGGCCGGCAGGUGGAUGUGCCCCGACUGCGGGCGUGUGAGCUGCGAGGACGCCGACCUUUGCGAGGGCUGCGCCCCGGAGGGCGGCUGA